AGAAAAUUACCCCAUACAGAGCAAACAGAAAUCAUAUUUUCAUGCCCUGUUUCCUUCACUUUCUUUCCUGAUUUUCCAUAUACCCAAACAGAGAAUUCUCUCUUCUAUAUGCAUUCUGUUUCUCUUCUCUUCUAAGAGAAACAGCCGGCGCUCAAGCUUCCAUGGACACCCAAUUCUCUUUCGAGUGAGAACCUUUGAAUCCUCAUUAAAAUUACUUCUUUCUUCAAAAAUUCCCUGAAUUUCUCCAACCUCUUUCUAAGAAUGGAUUCGUUUGAUAUAAAACUCGAGAAGAGAAACGCAAUCUUGAAGCAUCGGAGAAGAUGCAAGAUAGCCAACCUGCUGAGGCUUCUUGAGGUUUGUGUUGUUUUGAUCUUCAUUUCCAGGCUUACAAUUCAAUUCCCGGCGGCCGUCAAGAACUCUGGUGGGUAUUUCCGGGACUUGAAGGUUACUCUCGAGAGCCCUCGCUUUAUUUUCAUUGUCGGAAACUUAAUCGUCAUCAUUCUCUUCACAAAUUCCGGGAAGUUCUCCAGUCAGGACGACACCGGAAAGAGCUCCGAAACUGAUUUUUACGAAGAGUUUCUCGAGAAAAGUGAAAAGAGUCAGGCUGCCACACUUAACUACGAAACAGAGUAUAGAGAAAAACAGAGGAAAACAGAGGGAACGGAGCACAGAGAGAAACAGAAGAAACAGGUUCGUUUCAAAGAGAAUACUAAUACUAGAGCACAUCGGAGGAGUUGGUCGCAGAAUCUCAGACCGGUGAGCAGCAACAAAGCUUGCCACCAAGUGCUCCGGCGGUCUAAGAUGGAGAAGAAUCAGAAAUUGAAUGAUUUUUCUGAAAAUUCUUGCCCCGAAGAUAACAUGAGCAGCGAGGAGUUUCGAAACAUCAUUGAGGCAUUCAUUGAAAGGCAAAAGCAGUUUCGAAAGGAUGAAGAGUGCUCUGUUUUGGAGUAAACCAAAACACUUCUUCCUUUUCGUCUUUUUUUUUUUUUUUUUUUUUUUUUUUUUUUUUUUUUUUUUUUUUUUGUUUUUAAGCUUUAUUUCAGUUGUAAUUAAGCUUUUGUACAUUACUAAAUCAUAAAAUACUAA